AUGGCGCUGGCUGAACUGGCAGCGGCGGGAGCGUCGUUCGCAGCGUUUCGAGGGCUGCAUCGGGGCCUCGAGUUGCUCCCCAGCCCGCGCCUCGCCGCUCCCCAGGACCGCUGGACUUGGAGAAAUAUCUGCGCUUCCUUCGUGCACAGCCUGCUGUCUGGGGCCGGGGCACUGCUCUGGAUGGCCCACUACUCACAUCUGGUGGCGGAUUUCACCCACAGCUGCCCCCCCAGGACGGUCGCUCUGGUCUCACUGUCCAUCGGUUAUUUCCUGGCAGACGGGGUGGAUCUUCUGUGGAAUCAGACAUUUGGCCAGUCCUGGCAGAUGCUUUGUCACCACGCCAUGUCGGUGAGCUGCCUGGCCAUGGCUGUACUGCCUGGCCAUUGUGUGAGUGUCUCAGUGGUGCCUCUGCUUUUGGAGGUCAACUCGGCCUGCCUGCAUUUCCGAACACUGCUUCUGCUCUCCGGCCAAACCUCUACCGUGGUCUUCGGUCUGGCCAGCUGGGCCACUCUGGCUACCCUGCUGGUAUUCCGCCUCCUGCCUCUGGGAUGGAUGAGCCUGCUGUUGUUAUGGCAGCAUCACCACUUCCCCCUCGCCCUCAGUGCCCUCUGGGGAGUCGGGCUCUUCACCAUCACCAUCAUGAGCAUCAAGCUGGGCAUCGACCUGGUGGUGAGCGAUGGCCUGUGGGUCCAGACCCAGCUCUUCAUCUCCAGAAAGAAGAAGGCCAAAAGCGACUGGGGACAUGGGAGUGGGGAUGCCACCAGGCUUCCCUACAGAGAGGAUGCCUCCCCCAAGCGGCAGGAUUAAGUUGGGCUCACGGUCUCCUGGAUGCUCUGGGCCCAUGAGGUUGGGGUCAGGAAGGAGGGUGGUCUCUCCUCAUUGUCCGGGCGCUAGAACACACCGGUCCUGUUCUCGCUCUCUUGGUCCUGGAGGAGGAAGAGGAGGAGGACUGGGGCGUCACCCAUAUUCCUGGUGCUGAGGUUAAUGGCUGAAGUGGGAACAUUCAUGUUUACUAUUUUUUAUGAGACAGUUAUUCUCCGCAAUAGUGUAACGAGGAAAACGCAGCAGAUGGAGGCAGAAAGGAUUAAGCCAGUUGAAAGUGCCAGAGUAAACAGGGCCUCUUGCCUUUCAGCAGCAGUCCAGGUAGAGGCAUAGAAAGGGCCUGGUAAGAGGAACCAUAGCCAUGACAGAAACAUGGCCAUGGAUGCCGAUCCCUUGGCAGCUGUCUGUAACCAAUGGGAAUAGUGGUCAGGGUGAUCUAGAAGCCAGUGAAUGUUGGGCAAGAAUUAUAUUUCCGGGUUGUUGGUUUGUUGUUGUUUUCAGUUGCACUGAAAAUUGUAUACCCCUAACCCUAAUUGCUUCUCCCAUCAUCCUCCAUCCCUGUCUCUCCUUAAAGAAAAUAUAGAAAUUCCCAA